AUGAUUUGGAGAUACCAAGCAUACUCGCACAAAAAAUUGAAGUUCAGCUAUCCAAAGAAGAAGUUCUACUUCAAAGCAGUAAAUCUGCUCUUGUUGAAGUACCCAGCUCUCACCGAUGUCACCGGGACUGGCUAUGAGUCCUGGAUCGUUGCCCUACGAAACAAGUUCAAAAACGAGCGUAGGAAAAUAACUGGUAAUGUGGCCGUCGAUGAGAACCGAUCCAAAUUUGGUGGCGCAACCAGAAAAAGGACUGCAAACAGAGGCUGUGCGGCGCCAGAGACAUUAAGCAGAGGAAAAGUGAAGAGAUGUUUGACAAUGUGCACUUUGCCUGGGGUGGGAGAAGACGCCACCAGCUUGGAGGCACACGAGGUGUGGUUAUGCAACGAGGGGAAAAAGGUGGCACCGAACGAAGAGCAGAUUGAUGUACGAAUGGAUGCCACCGCGAGCAGAAGGCUUCGGAACCUUUCAACGAUGGACGUUCCUUCUGUCAAGGAAACAUAUCCUUACCUUAUGGAUGCCAGGAGGUUCAUCAAAGAUUUUGAAAGACAAAUGAAGAUGGAGCCAAUGCAGGCGAUGGCCCAAGGUAUUGCAAGUGUGAUAAGCCUUGCUACACGCAAGAUUUUGUCGUCGAAGCAAGACCUCCUUCAAGACGUUGAAAACAUCUUGGCACAAGACGCCGAAUGCAAACGAGCGAAACACAACCUGGCAAUGGCAGCCCUGAAAAUCCUGUCCAGCAAUGUGAAAGAAGCGGCGGCAUUCAAGCUGGUGUUUGUGAAGGAAGAUGAAGAAACCAUCCCGGCGACACCGUGCGUCGUUUACAAAGGGGAAAGUGUGGAGGCGGCAGAACAACUGGCCCUCCACAUUGACGGGGUGCAGCUUUUUGGAGUUGUAGAUGCCCAAGAGGGCCUGACUGCGGUCGUGGCUUCAUACUGGCUUUUAGGUAUAUCUUACCACAAGAAGGCGUACAACACCUGUUGCAUGCUGGAGAGGCUCGGUUUGAACACGGUGUUUUCGCCUAUGCGAGCCGUUGCAAUUAAGGUGUUCAAUUAA